CGCAUCAUGUACAACAUUCCUAAAAAAACGAUACAUUCAGCGUUGAUAUAAUCAUACUAGCUGAAGUUGUAGUGACUUUGAACAGUGGGAUUGUGGUUCGAAAGUAAAAAGUGUUUUCGUCAAGCGAAAUUCGUGUUAAAAUUCAUAGAGAUGAGGGAUAUCAAGAUACCAUUGCUGUUUUUGAAUAUAUUAUUGUGCCUAACUCUCGGUUUACCAGGCAAUGAUGCGAGCACUUGCGGUUGCGGAUGCCGAUCCCCAUGUAAAGUUAACACUGAAAGAGCCUGUGAAACACUCACUUUGAAUUUAAAAUGCGGCCCAGGCGAAUCGAUUAUCGUUGCGAAAGCAAAUUAUGGUCGUAUAUCGGACAGAAUUUGCACUAUUAACCCGUCGGGCGAAUCUGCUCCGAUUGGCGAUCAAAAUUGCAUCAAUCAAAACAGCUUAGCUAUUGUUAACGAGUAUUGUGCGAAUAAAAAUUCGUGCGCUAUACCAGCAACAAAUGGUGUAUUUGGAGAUCUAUGCUAUGGCACUUACAAGUACCUGGAAGUUGGUUACGUAUGUGUACAAAAUUAAGGAAUUCAAUAAAUUCUUGAACUCUAA